AUGGCCACAGCUAUGAUUGAUCCUGUUCGGCAUGCCCUGAUUAGACCUUUUCAAAGUCUGGAAGCUUCUGUAGGUCCUCCAGGUGCGUUAGCGCUUCAAGAUUCCUUUAAAGGUCCUUUUUACCAGAGUUACCAAGAAAAAAUGGGCUUGAAAGGAGCGAAAGGUGAAAAGGGUGCAUCAGGGGACCCUGGCCCUUCUGGACCCAUUGGAAGUCCAGGACCACAGGGCUUAACGGGAGAACAUGGAGUACCUGGAAGACCAGGGAUUAAAGGAGAAAAGGGACCAGCAGGCAUUCCUGGAGCAGUUGGUCCACGGGGGCCUAAGGGUGAAAGAGGGCUGCCUGGAGUACAAGGGCCUCCUGGAGAGAUGGGUCCAGCUGGAAAUGGAACCCAAGGUCCUCCUGGUCUUAAGGGGCCUCCUGGGGCACCGGGCUUCCAGGGCUCAAGAGGACCUCCUGGAUUACCAGGUACUCCAGGAACCCCAGGGAUCGAUGGUAUUCCAGGACGUGAUGGAAAGCCAGGACUUCCAGGGCCUCCAGGUGACCCAGUUGCUCUUCCUCUUCUUGGAGAUAUGGGUGCUUUAUUGAAGGGUGAUCCUGGUCCAAGAGGUCCCCCAGGAAUCCCAGGUAGAGAAGGGCCUAAGGGAAACAAAGGUGAACGUGGAUUUCCUGGGCUGCCUGGAGAAAAAGGUGAUGAGGGUCUUCAAGGUAUUCCAGGACUUCCUGGUCUAGCAGGGCCUUCUGGACCUUCAGGGGCUGUCGGAAGACCUGGACACCCAGGCUCACCAGGGACAAAAGGUGAAAAGGGAAACGAGGGUAUUCCUGGAAAACCUGGACCUCCCGGACCACCCGGUGUGCCGUACAAUGAAGGAAAUGGCAUGAGCAGCCUAUAUAAACUACAGGGGGGUGCCAACGUUCCCACAUACGCUGGUCCACCUGGGGCGCCUGGCCCAAAAGGUGACACUGGAGCAGUGGGAGAACCGGGUCCAAUGGGACUGCCAGGAUUAGAGGGACUUCCUGGAGAAAAGGGAGACCGUGGACCAGCAGGUCCUCCAGGAGUUCCAGGAGUACCUGGAAAGCAUGGUGCUCCAGGACCACCAGGGAUCCCUGGUGAACCAGGUGAAAGGGGCCCUGUUGGAGAUAUUGGCUUUCCUGGACCAGAAGGGCCAGCUGGAAUACCAGGCAUAAAUGGAAAGGAUGGAUUACCUGGCCCUCAGGGUUUAUUGGGUAAGCCUGGUGACAGAGGUCCCAAAGGAGAACGAGGGGAUCAAGGCAUACCAGGAGACAGGGGCCUGCAGGGCGAAAGAGGAAAGCCAGGCCUUCCAGGAGAGAAAGGGUCUGUAGGGCCCAUGGGCCCCUCAGGGAACAAAGGGAAUCCCGGAUCGCCAGGGCAUAAGGGCCCUCCAGGUUCACCAGGUGUCCCAGGCUUACCGGCUGACUCAGUUUCGUUUGAAGAAAUGAAAAAAUAUAUCAGACAAGAGGUCCUUAGAGUUUUUGAAGAGAGGAUGGCUCAGUUUGUAUCUCAGCUCAAAUUGCCCGCUGCCAUGCUUGCUUCCCAAACUCAUGGGAAACCAGGUCUUCCUGGAAAAGAUGGGCUACCUGGGCCACCCGGAGAACCUGGACCUCCAGGCUACAGAGGACAGAAAGGUGAAAGAGGUGAGCCUGGAAUUGGCCUGCCAGGUGAUCCUGGUCCACCUGGCCCUUCAGUCAUUGGUAUGCCGGGACCACCUGGAGCUCCAGGAGGACCAGGUCCACAUGGCCCACCUGGGCCAUCAGGAAGAUGCAACCCAGCAGAUUGCUAUUACCACGUCUCUCAAACUCAACCACGAACAACUGGCAAAUGAAAAUCUUCUCCGGAAGUACUUUGAUUCCUGGUUUACCCCUUCCUUGCUUCCCUCCUGCCCUCCUACCUAAUUUAAGCUUUAAAAUACUUGGUACCUUUUUUUGGUCUAUAUACAUGAUAUUGUGUGUAGGCAUUUUACAGAGCAUCUCAAUGGAACAAUGUUUAUUUUCCAGUUAAGCCAAUGCCGAGAUGUUGUUUUCUUGAGUUCAUUCCAUGUGUUUAUAAUUUUAGUCUAUUUUUCUAUAGCAAAAUGCAAUUUUCUUGCAUUCUGAUGGCCUGUUGACCUCUUAAUGGUUUUUAAUCUUAAUACUUGCAAAACAAAAUGUACUGUCAUAUAUCUUAUUUAGCUUUUGCUGGCUACCGUAUCUUGAUGGCUUGGAGUUCAUACAUAACAGCAAAAGCUCUGCUUGCAAAACUGCAUCCAGAGUGUUGAAGCUUUUGUGAAUCCUUGAGCAACUCUUUGAGAAAUCAGCUGAUAUUUUUUCAUGCUCCUUCUGCCCUUGUGCAGUAUUGUAGACUUUACUUUGCUAGAAAUUUAUUAAAUUUCUGGAAGCACUUUUCACAUAGGAAACUUUUUUUAAAAGAAAAGGAGCUGUUGAGCCUCUCUCCCAUUAAUUGUGACACAGGGGGUGAGAGUGUGGUUAAUGCAAGACAGAGCCUGGAAGUCGCACAUUGGUCUCAGUGGAGCCUACUUCCUGGCAAAUGUACUUGCUGGCUUCAUAUGUGAAACAGCCCUUAAUUAUUGAAGGCUAACUUAGUUAUUGAGUAGAUUGUUGAUAAUGGCUCCUUCGUAUUGUUCACUUGGCUUUGCUCUAGUCCUUUGCACUUCUCUUGCAAGGCAAGUCUCCCUGACCAAUUAUAGCCUCUGUGCGACAGGUGCUUCCCAACCUUCAGAAGCUUUUUGAGGGGCACAAGAGUUGCAUUGUAGUAGAGAUAAUCCAGAAUCAGGGGUCCUGCCUUUGUGCAAAUGGAAGUGCUUCCAUUAGGGCAAAGCCUUAAUAAGAUACCACCUUAUAGAAUUGUGUUCUUAUGCUUAAGCUAGUCAUGUUUAUAUGUCAGGGGGCUUCUGCCUUAUUUUAAUAUACCAAGGCCUUUAUCUCAGGUAAAGUUCUGACAAUAAUACAUUGAGAAGUUUGUGUAUAUAUGUUCAGAUAGAAGAUGGUGUAACUUGAACUAGUACCCAUGUAUUUCAUGAAUGAUGUCUGCCUUUGCAUUGAUUAAUUUUGGACUCUAGUAAUGGUCCAAUGUUAGCAUUUUUGCUAGAGUGAGUUUCAAAGUUCAACAACAUUCAUGCAGGCUAGGCUGGCCUGUGGUAUUAAACAACCUUUCUGUUUGAAAUAUUCGGUGGCUGGGGCAGAUUGACAUUUUCUUUUACUUGAGGAUAAAAUGACCAUACACAGUGCAGGGAAAGAGAACUGUUGAGCAGAUAUACAGCAUCAGUAAAUUAAAGUUCUGCCAUCUAGGAUGAAUAAAAGGGAGAUGCUUCUUAAAAUAGAUAUUGCUCUAGGAGACAGUGGUCCUCAGCUGUUCUUGGGAGAGAUGUAGCUACAUCAAAACUCUAACAAGAAAUGGAAGGGUAGUCAAAGACAGCAGAAGUGAUAGGUCCUUGCUGAUGGGACUUGGGAAUCAUUUGAAGACCACUUCCCAUGUGCAAGUUAAUCCUAUAACUGAAAUAAGAAAAUAAGGACUUAAUUCAUGCUGUUCUUAAAUUCAGGACAAUUGCAGGCCAUUCUUAUCAACAGAAGCCCUUCCCUUAAGGAUUUUAGACUCUUAAGGGUUGUAUCCAAUAAAAUCGUACUCAAAGCAGACCCACUGAAACUUAAUGUACCUAAAUUGGUCAUGUUCUUUGAUUUAAAUGGGUUUACUCUGAGUAGAACUAGCAUGGCUACAACCCUAGAACAGGGGUAGACAAUUUGAUCCCCUCCAUAUACUGUGGACCAUGACUCCCACCAUGCUGGCUGGGUUUUACAGGAAUUUUCCACAACAUCUGCAUGUUGGCUAUUCCUGAUCCACAGUGUCACAGUGUGAGCUCUCUGAGAACAUGGGAGUCUGAAUGUGAGAAAAUCCACAGAGGUAGCCAUGUUAGUGUAAUGUCAAAAAAAAAGAAUGGCAGUUUAAAGACAAUAUAUCGUGGUGACAUAGCCUUCGUCAGAUGCAUGAAAUGAUUACCUACUGUAGGUUGGUAUGUAUGUGUGUAUAUAUAUGUAUAUAUAUUAGUGCAGAAAGAAGUGAAACUAGCCAAGCAAAUGCAGGAGAUAUCUAUAGGUGUAUCAUAGUACUAUGGCCACUUUCACAUUGCCGUUAAUUGUGUGUGUGUGUCUGAACAUAUAUAGUGCAGUCUCACCUGUGAGGGGCCACAUUCUGCAAUCUCAGCAUCUUUAUGCACAAUCCGAGCUUUCUCCAUGUUCUUCCUCCGAAGCAAUAUGGCUCACCAUAGCUUAUAAUGGCAUGAGCUGCAUUUUUUUACAAAAAAAAUAUAUAGCCUCAUUGUUCACUCUCCAUAGUCAAGACAAUGCACAUUAUUAUUUGAUUGCUGUCAUAAUCCACAACACACAUGUUGGGGCAUGAUCCAUUCCCGUGUGUGUAGCUGCACCAAAUGGAAUCCUCUAAAACAGGGCUCAGCAACAAGUUUGCUGUUGAGGACUGCAUUCCCCCUGGGGGUAACCUAUCAAGGAAGCACAUGCCAGCUGUGGCCAGGACUGGGGCCCUGUAUAGGCAGUGCCAAGCCUAAUGGUGGCCAGGUACUAGAAGCAAAAUUAGGUGGGCUCACUUUUCUCUAUUGGCCACCCCCCUUUCUUUCCAUGCCCCAUGUCAAAACCUCCCCCCUUCCAUUUUACAAGAAAUUAUACUGAAGAUUCGGUGAAAUUAGGCACCACGUGCAGCUCUAAGCCCUGCUCUUUGGUUGUGAAGACUUUCUCCUCUCCCUCUACCCCUCCCCACCGCCAAUGUCCUGUCAUUGGCUGGAUACAAGCACUGGACAAUGGGUCCACCCCAGUACCUGCCAUGGAAGGCCACCCAUAUGGGCCACUCUCUUGUGUACAUCCAGUCAGCUUGCUGCCUUCCAGGGCUGUAAAUGCAAUCUACUCUUCUCACGUGACCCUGAAGAAAAAUGGUGUGCGAUAGAAGGAUGGAUUGGCUCCCAAGUUUUUACAUAUAUAUUUUCUGACUCCCCUUUUUUGUAAAUAAUAAGAGAGAUUAAGUUACAGAUAGGUAGCCAUGUUGGUCUGCCAUAGUCAAAACAAAAAAAUUCCUUCCAGUAGCACCUUAAAGACCAACUAAGUUAGUUCUUGGUAUGAGCUUUCGUGUGCAUGCACACUUCUUAAGAGAUUAAGACAGCUGAAGUGUGGAAGAUAUGCUCAAAAUUGUUAAAUUCCCUGGAAAUAAAAUUUGGUCUAAACUGAGCUUCAGCAAGCCCCUGCUUUAAAAGAAUGCAGUCACAUCAACACUAUUUUGAUGGGGGAACUGGGUUUUUUCUGUUUGUUUUCAGUAUGGUUGCAUGUACUGCAGGACAGAUAUAUUGUUUGGCCAGGGGCAUUUUUCCUAUUCGGGUUGUCACUCCUAUCUUAUAUGAACUUCUCCAGCAAUUCCAAAUUUUGCUGAAAAAGUCUCAGUAUUUUAAAUUUAGAAUUUUUUUUUAGACUUUGCUUUAAAAAAAUAAUGAAAAUAUUGAAUUGUAUUUAAUUAGAUGUAGAAAGGUUCCGAUUUGGAAAGAUAAUCAGAGCAGCUCAGUUGAUAUAUUGUUUGGUGCUGUGUGUAUAUUUUGGGUUUUAGCUAGUUGAACUAAAAUUUUGAUAAGGUACCUGGCAGUAUUAUUUAGAGGUUACUUUACUUGAAUUUGUCAGGAACAUUUAUAUAUUUUGAGAAAAAAUAUUUUAAAUUCACAUUGUUUAUAGUUUGUUUGUAUCUAAGUACUUGGAAAAAGCUUUCCAACAUGUUCAUAAUUUUAAUAGUUAAUUUGGAUCAUUCAGAUCACUUUGAAUCAUUUUUCUUGUUAAUCCUUUUUUGAAAAGCAUUAACAAAACUUUUUUUUGUAUAUGAAAUAGUGUAUUUUGUUCUUCUAGUGUCUUCACUCAGUUUUUAAGAUGUGGAGCAUAUUCUGUAUUUAUAGCUAAAUGCAACAAAUCAGGAAUAUCUCUGUAGCUAUUCUAUUUUAAUCGAGGCGCAGGGUGUCUUGAAAUGAGCACUCCAUGGUUUUUUCCUGUUUUAUCUUGUGUGUGCCAGAAACCAAACAUUUACAACUUCUGUUUGUCAUUUUAAGUUAAACUCUUACUUCCGUAUUCCUGUUCUAAUGAUAUUUUCUCUAACAAUUUUAUGAAUAUCAGCAAACUUAAACAGCAAAUACCACAUACAUACAUACAUACAUACAUACAAACACACACACAAACCAAUCAAAUAACACAGUAAGAAAAUUCUCUUGCUCCUGGAACUAUUGAAUGCAAUGAGUAACCAAAAUAGAAUGGAACACUGUCAGCCGAAUCCCGCAAAUGGAAUCCAUGUUCAGCAACAAGUUUAUGCUUGCAAGUCCUUCCCUAUUGGUUAUGAAAGUGGUUUUUAAAACUGAGAAACACUUUGCACAGUACUCCCACGCCAUGCAAACACUAGCGAAUAAAAAUCAGCCUGGUCAUCCAUUCUGAUGGCGCUGAACAUCACAGCAUUGUCAGACAUUGUACUGUAGAGUGGGAGACUGCAUUCGGUGUCCCCAUUUCUUCCCCCACCUCUAACAUCUAAUCAUCUGUUUACUAUUUACACAAGAAUAUCUCUGGAGAAGGAAUACUAUGUGCAGACCUGAAGGCUACUGCAUGUAUUAUUUCAGUGGUGCGUGUUCCCAUCAUGGUGCCUUGCACAAGCCUAUUAUCUAUCUGUAAGAGAAGAUCCUUUGCUCAUGCAAAACUUCUUUCCGGCUACCAGUCAUACAGUGUGCAACAUUUCAGACUUUGAUCUAGUUCACUGUCCAAUGAAGGAGAAGCAAGCAAGCAAGCAACAAUUGAGUCAACCCAAUUGUGCCUUAUUGGAUCAGGUGCAUAGUUGCAAUCUAGUGAUUUAAAAUGGAUUACCUGGGGAUGAGGGUUCUAGGCGUUCCAUAAUAUUUUGCCUUUCUUCUGAGCCCAUUGAUGAACGUGGCCAAAACGUUUUGCGCAAAGCCGAUAAUGAUUUGCCUCCCACCUGUAUCCUGCUUUACCUUAAACUGUUGGUCAUGACCCAGGUUUGGUGGCAUAGCUUAGUGCAUAGCCUUGCACAAUUUUUCUGAACAGUUACACGGUCUUGUCUCUAGAAAAAGCUCUCAAAACGGUAGGAAUGUUAGAGAAGCUACAAUAAAGUAUUUUGGUUUAGUGGUAUAAGUAAUAUGUAGAAUACAAUGAGAUGUGUUUUUAUUCUUCGCAUCAGAUUAUUUUAAAAGUUCCAUUGACGCAAAAUUCAUUAGGAUUGCUUCAGAAUUCUCUUUAACAAAUGCUGUGUUUAGAAGUAUUUGGGUUUGUAAAGCUACUGUAGGUUAGUUAAUGUUAAGAUUUUGCAGAGUUCUUCAGGGUCUGUGCUAUACCUCUAAAGUCCACUUGGUGGCAUGAAGCACAUUUUUGUUUGUGCAUUUCACUUAAAUAAGGAUUGAAUUCUACAAAUGUAUAUAAGGCAGGAAAUGGUGAAACGUUUAUUUCUAUAUAGUGCACUAAGUUUCCAUUUUUGUGUCCUUAAGUUUAAUAGAUUUCUUUUUCUUUAUUGGUCUUAAAAAUAGUAUUUUGUUUUAUUUGAUAAAUACAGGGAACAAUUCAGGCAAAGUUUCCCACUUUGAAGUCCUGCUGUUUUUCAGCACUGGAAUUCAUGGGGCUUGACUGUGCUAACUUUGGCUGGAUAAUUCUCAGUUGCAUUGCUUCUUCUUCCACCAAUGACUGUGACAUAAUCACAAUUUAUGAUUCAACUUGUUUAUAAUGUAGCUUGUAGGUAAUGAAACCACAGGUAGCCCAUCUCAGGCCCGCAACUUGGCGCAAGCUGGAGGGGAUCCUUGCAGGGAUCAUGCUGAACUGCUCUUCUUCCCUCCCACAUUGUGUCACACAUCAUUAGGGAAGAAGUAAGUCUCUCUUUCCUUUUUGCAGAAAUAAACAUGCUUUGUAAAUUAUGUGGAAGGUGUAGCCUAUUUAUCUUUGAUAUUAACAUUUUAAUAUCAGUAUUUUUGUAUAAAAAGUGUAUUUGGUUUCAGGGAUUAAUAACGUUUUAUUCCCUUCUCCCUUUGUCCUAAAUCUUUCUUUUAUUUAAGGUAUGCAAAUGUUUUCUAGAUAGUCAAAGCUAGUUUUCAACACAUCUGAUCGCCAUUAACAGAACUUCAAGUCAUUAUGAUAAUGGUGCAGAUUUCCAGAUUAGUUGAAAAGCCUUCAAGUGUAAUCUUGAAUCGCAAGGGAAGAUGUUAUAUAUAAAUAGACCAAAUCCAUGUACACAAUUUAGGAGAACGAACAUGAACGCCACAUUCUAACAGAGUUAAGUAUACUCAAAAAAAUAUUUUAGUGGGUGUAAGCACACUUCUGUCGUAGAAUGUAAGCUCUGUUCGUUGUCAGAUUUAUCUAAUGAAAAGCAAAUGCAUUUAAAUGGUUUUCUGAAUAUUUCUUUGUCAAUAUUUCAGUUGUGGAAGUUUAUGUUUUAUUGUUGCCUUUCAUUUCUGAAUAACUAAGCACUAGUCUUCAAAACCUGUCUAUAAGAUUCUGUUGGCAUCUUGCCCACAAAUGGAAAGUACAGCUGUUUGCACAUGCUAAGCAGAUUAUUUUAUCUACUUGGUCCCUUUAGUCUUAAAUGAAUUUUGAAUUGAAGUGAGCCUGAUACUAUCAGGUAUGUUUCUUGUGUAUCUAUAAUUGUAAACAGGUAGUUACGUUUUUAUUUAAAGCCACAUUAUAAACAUGUGGAUUUCCUCCUCCCGGAAUUUUAACCAAAUUCUGUUUUAUGCAUUUUUGAUGGACUUUGCAUUUUCCUCCCUGUACAUUUGUUUUAUGUUACUGGAUUUGUAAAAACAGUUUUAUUUCUCUUGUCAGAUAAUUUCAUUGUUUAUUUCUGCGCUACUGCUAUGGUUAAAAUAAAACUUAAUUGAUCUAAGCAUGAUGUUAGGGUUGCUUUUCUUCCUAUUUUCAUCUUGAACCUGACAUGCCAUCAAAAUGGAAAUAAAGUAUAUUGGUCUGAAUAGCACUUGGAAGUAAC